GCGUCUUCAGCGCAAUUGCACCCGAAAGGUUUAAAAAUAAACAUGCGACAACUCGUAGUGCUGUCGAUGGUACUGUUAAGUGCCAUCAACGUGACUCCACAAGGCUUCCUCCCGCAGGGAUUCGGAUUGAACCAAGUGCCAAUUUUGAAUUCUUAUUCGGACCAACAACUAGACGGCAGUUUCCAGUACGGGUAUGAAACCGGCAAUGGAAUCCAGGUGCAGUCCCAGGGUGUGCUGAAACCGAUUCCAGUGGUGCGACCCGAUGGAGUAGGCACCAGUUUGGCCCUGGUGCAGAGCGGAAGCUACUCGUAUCCUUCCCCCGAUGGAACGAUUAUUGAGGUCAGGUGGACCGCCGAUGAGAAUGGAUUCCACCCGCAGAUAAUUCGUUCGCCAGCCGCGCCUGUUCCCGUCGUACCAUCGCCUGUUCAAGUGGCCCGUGGAUUGCCGGGAGAGUUUAGAUUUAGACGAGUGGCAAGAGUUAAAUAAUAACGACGAAUAAAUUCAAUUACAGGAAAGCCAUAAAUUGACACAUUUACAACCAA